AUGCAGAAUUCUAAGAUUUUGACUAGAAUAUUUAUAUUAACUUGUUUGUUUGUAUUGAGUAAAUCAAAAGAUGUGAAUAGUAAUGAUGUAAUUAAUAUACUGGAGCUGCUUAACCCUACAUCAGGAACAAAUAGUAUAUAUGAAGAUCCAAUACCAAAAAUAAUAAUACCGGAAACAUCAUUAAGUACAUUUCCUAAUACUUAUAAUCCAAAAGGUACUAUAAAAACAUUCAAAUAUUAUCCUCAAAGUAACUUAAAAAGUGGUCAAUCAAAAGUCCAGAAUAUAACAUUAAACAGUAUUCCUACAACUCGUAGUAAAGAUAUUAAUGUCAUUUCAUUAAUAACUCCAAAACUUUCAGAAUUAGGUGUAUCCAGUUUAAAUUUUAGUAAUGAAGGAGAUCAGAUUGAAGAUAUAGAUGAAGGAAGUCUAUCUAAAUACAAUGAAACCCAUUUAUUAGAUAAUUUAUUUACUUCUGGACAAUCAGAAUAUCAAAAUAUCUAUGAUUUUGAUGUAAUUCCAAUAAAAUAUAAUGAUGAAGAAUCUAAUAUGGUUAAAUUAGAUCCCUUAUUUACUCACUUAGAUUCAAAUAAUGAUGAAAUUUUACUCUAUAAAAUAUCAGAUAUCCCAUCUUCGUCAAGUCUAGGAUCGCCAAGCAAAUUAAGGGAUAACUCAAUUGAAAUAUCUGAAGAUAAUUUGACUACUCUAGAACCUUCUAUAUCUCCAUAUAUGGAGGAAUCUAAACAUAUUUCUUUUAAAAAUGUUGAUAUAUUUGAUAAGGUAUCUGAAAAAGUAAAAGUGGGAUUCUUAAGAGGAUUACGUAAGAAAUAUUCUAAUUUAGACUACAAAAUAUCAGUAGAUCCUAUCAAGAUAGAUAUUAAUAUGAAGAUCCCACUAGAAGUUACUUUUGAGCCAUCUAGUAAUAAAUUGAUAAAUAAUGAAAUUAACGAAGGGGCGGAUAAGUAA